AUGGCUCUACCCCGGCCUCCAGGGCCAGAGCGGAGCAUAUCGGCUCAUCCAUUUGAGAGCAAGUUAAGCCAACAACUCCAGCCAGAAUCGUCCUUUUCGCAGGAGCGUGUGUCGCGCUCGCCCAAAUCACGUUCUUUGUCAGAUGCUUCCAAGCCUACGACUACAACUCAACCAUCUACAGGAGAUUUAAGUCGUCCUCCGAGUAAGGACGAUAGUGCGCUACCCACCUUACCGGCCACGCCCAAUCGCUCGGACAGCCUCCAUCAUCCCAACCUAUCCUUGAACCUUCCCUCCAGGGGAUCAGGAUCCCCCUCCAUUUCUCGCGCUCCACUAUCACCCAAACUAGACUCUUCGCAAAUUUAUGGUUCUCCCGGGUCGGUCCUUCCACGGCGCUCCCGUGGCCUGGAUUUCUCGCGCGCGUGCACCAAUCUUCACCACUCUACUCUCGCUGAGUCUUCCCCUGACUCGUCACCCACAAUUGGAGGCCGUGGCGUGACCAUACCACAGAGGCGUGGAUCCCUUGGCUCAACAUCGGUUCCUGUCUUCUCGACUUCCGGGCCCGCUGAUCGUACCACAAUCUCGAGCUCCGUGUCAAGCGUGAAUAUGAUGGAAUCCGAUACCAGCAGUAGUGAAGAAGACGACGACGCCAUGAUGGGUGACCGUGACGACGUCAUGCUCUCUACACCCCAGGCGUCCCGCAUGGCGAGUGGACCGAGCCCCUUCAGUGCAAACAACAUUCAAAGCCCCGGGAAUGAAUGGAUGGGAGGCUAUUCACAAGCAGCUGCCAGUCUUAUGAGUUUCCAAGCUCGCUUUCGUUACAGACGAAGCCGGCACAGCUCCAGCAGUGCCAGUGGUAAUAGCUCCAAGCCCAGCCCGGGGCCUCACUCUCCUCCCGUCAUGAAGAGCGUAGAGAAUCCGACAGGAGGCUAUUUCGCUCAUGGAUCCUCUGUGCAUGCAAGACGAGAGAGCUUGAGCCUUGGAACACGGGACCUUCGCCUGUCCGAUUUGAGUGACGAUGGCGAGGGUCGUGCGGUACGAGCGGGCAGCCCCACGGCUGCAACCCAUUCAGAUGGUGGACCGUUGGGUGUCAUCCGCCGUGCAGUCACCCGGCGAGGAAGUCUAUUGCCCAAAACAAAAACUUUUGCUCGCAUUCGCGCCGCGUUGAUGGAAGAAGGCCAACCCGUCGAUAGCGAUGUCAAACGUGAGGCUGAAGUGAUUCGACAGGUUCGCGAUACAGAACCUGAGACAUCGCCUAAGAUCGGUACUUUCCCUUCUCUGCACCCAACUGAAGCAUUAGAGGAAUCACCAGGCGAAGAGUCAACACCUGUGAAGUCAAACCAGGACGCGAGCAGCUUCAGCAAGCAAGCCAGUCGCAAUUCUGGGGGCGUUGAUUUUUGGAACUCGUUUGAUGAGCGAUACCGCACUCCACCGCCAUCCUUACGCCAGGCCGCCUCGUCUGUCGCAGAUGAUGAUAUGCAGAUGGACAUGACUCCGUCUACCACCAUGGAAUCGACCACUGCUGACUCUAAAUCGCGCUCCCGCUCUUCUACCCCAUACGCUCCUACGGUUGUGGGCGAGAUUCGUCGGAAGCGACGACGGGAGGAUGACUUUGAUCCAAACCUUUUUAAACGCCGGGCCGUAUCGCCUAGUGUCAGUGCCCAAAGCAGUCCGGUCCUUACCCAUUCGUCUGUUGUUGACAAUGGACCGAACAUCUGGGGUCCACCAUCUAAGCUUGGGGCACCUUUCUCUGAGCGCGCCAGCACCGAUACUAAUAACCGGACGACGCCACAUACUGGCUCGACGAAGCGCGUGGGCUUACAAGGCAUGACUGAAGCCAGCGAUGGAUUUAUGAACAUGAGCAUUGAAUAG